GCCGGAUUUAAAAGGCGAUUGAGCCGGAUCUGGCCCCCGGACCUUGGUUUGCCUGCUCAUGGUCUGAAAGUUUCAUGGGGGGGGGGGGAGAUGCUCUCUAUCAAUGCGGAUAGCGAUAGCACUACAUUGGCAGGAACCUUGGAAGCGAGCUGCGCGCACGACAGAGCAGAAUAAGGCGCUGCACUGUACGGCAACAGGGGGAGCGGAUUUCCAUUCCCGCAAAGCCCGGGGAGGAAAGGCGGGGAAAGGAGCCAGCAAGAUGUUGCCUUCCCUCCAGGAGUCCGUAGACGGGGACGACAGAGAGCUGGAGAGCAGCGAGGAAGGGAGCGGCCUGCCGGAGGAUCGGAAAUCGGAGCGCAGCAGCAACAGCUACUAUUGCCUGUACGGCUACCAAGGCUGCAGGUGAGGCGGGGUGGGGUGGGAAGCUGGUGGGCUUCGUCGCGGCGUCUCCCCACCCCCCGGUUCUGCAGCAUGCACUCAUAGAAUAGAAUUGCAAAGCUGGAAGGGACCCUGAGGAAUUAGCUAAUGUCCCAUGCGGGAAUCGAACCUGCAACCUUGGCAGCAUGCUCUAAACAACACCCUUCCCCUCUCGUCCUUUGUGGCCCCUUAUUUCAGCGUGGCGUUUGGGAGGCGUGCGCCAGCAGCUGCCUUCAAUGAAUUGGGCUGAUCUUUUUUUUUCUCUUUAAAAGCUAUCGCCCUUCCCCACAUCCUGUGGUACUGAACUCCAUUCAUCGAAUGGCUUCCGCUCCAUUCCGCGCUAAACUAGCAGGCUCCGUUGGGGAGAGGGCUGUGAAGUAAGCCCUACACCGCAUAAUCAAAUCGCGUGGCACACAAUGUGGCCUCCCGCUGCCGCUGCAGUGCAAUUUCUGUUCUCAUCCUGAAGCAAAGUUCUUAACCUGAAGCACUAUUUCUGGGUUAGUGGAGUCUGUAACCUGAAGUGUAUGUAACCUGAAGCGUAUGUAACCCGAGGUACCACUGUACAUAAAGCCACCCCUCCAAUUCCAAAUAUGAACUGAAAUAGUGGGGGAAAGAGGGAGGUCCCAUUGUUGUGCCGGGUUGCGAUAGCAAACCUUCUCAAAGCAAACAGCCAGCCUGGAUCUGUUCCUGCUUGUUCGGAUGACCACCCAGAAUAAUGUGUGAAAUGGAACAUGUCUUGAAUUGGAGACCUUCCCCAUUGUUGUUUUCUGGGGGGCCCCUCUUCUUCUUGCAAUGUCUUUGGGGGUUUGUGGUUAUAUGAUUUGUGUGUUUUUGUAGGCGUGUUCAUAACUGACUAGAUUCCCCCUCCCACCAGGUUGCACCAGGGUGUAGACAGCGAUGAUGGGAGCCCAAGCAGCACAACAGCUGAAACUCCGUCUUCUGAUGAUUUCAGGUGCACCAACAUGGCAAACCCAUUGAAAUCUUCUGAACCCUUCUCUGCUAAUUAGAAUUUGCAUAGCUGUGGCGUGGAGGGAUUCUAAAAACUGAACCGGAUUCUUCUGAGCACAAUGAACUUUCUGUAGUGGGACAUUUCCAUAGUACAAUGAGGUGGCAAUGAAAAGAAGAAUUCUUCAUUUGGUGGGCAUGCUUAGGCUAAGAGUAGCCUAGAACAAUCUUGCCCCCACCUAGUGCUCUCCAAAUGUUUUGGGCUACAGGGGUUCUCCAAUCUUUUUGGGCCCUGGGGACAUGUUUGGAAAUCUAAGAAACAGUCAUGGGGACCAUAAAAUAUCCAUUUAACAAAAGGGAAAAAAACUGGUGAUGCUCAGAACACUGCCCCCCCCCACAAACCAAGCAAAACACUUCCAUCCCUCAAAGCAAAUAAAAAGCAGAUCAAAAAAGUAGGCCACUCCCCCAAAUAGUCAACCCACUUCCAACCAAACAACAAGGGGGGGGGGCAAACAGACAAUAAGAGGUAAAGGGAACCCUGACCAUUAGGGACGCGGGUGGCGCUGUGGGUUAAACCACAGAGCCUAGGACUUGCUGAUCAGAAGGUCGGCGGUUCGAAUCCCCGCGACGGGGUGAGCUCCCGUUGUUCGGUCCCUGCUCCUGCCAACCUAGCAGUUUGAAAGCACAUCAAAGUGCAAGUAGAUAAAUAGGUACCGCUCUGGCGGGAAGGUAAGCGGAGUUUCCGUGCACUGCUCUGGUUUGCCAGAAGCGGCUUAGUCAUGCUGGCCACAUGACCCGGAAGCUGUACGCCGGCUCCCUCGGCCAAUAAAGCGAGAUGAGCGCCGCAACCCCAGAGUCGGUCACGACUGGACCUAAUGGCCAGGGAUCCCUUUACCUUAGCAGGCUUCUACAUCAGAGCCUGGCUUUGCACCAGAAGGAGCAUAUACUCUUCCGCUGGUCUUUGGUACCGACUAAAGCUAUGAUCCUAGCCAUUCCUACCUAGAAGUAACUCAUACGGAAUUCAGUGGGGCUCACUCCCAGGUAAGUGGGGUUAGAAUUGCAGCCUAAGUGUCUAGUCGAAAACUCUCUUAGUCAACAGUGUGUUUUGUUUUCAUUUAUGUAGUCUCUCCUUGGUGGACACUAACUUACCGGCCGAAGCAGAGAUGGAGCUGCGUAGCUUUGUUGCCAAACACCUUGCCAAGGGAGCCUUUUUUGAAGGGAUGGGCAAUGUUGUAUCUGUGGAGUUGAGGUAAGAAUCCACAUGAUUCUCUCCGCACCCUGGUGCCAAAUAACCUUUUUGCAGGAACAAUGUGUUAUGAUUGUGACUUCUGCACAGCCUUCCUUUUCCUCCUCUCACCCCCACCUUUCCCCAGCUCUGCUGCAGUUUGCCAGGUGAGGAUCCGUGGCAUGUGAAGAGAUUUUGGCUUUCUAAAGAAUACAAUGGAAAACAGAGUAUAUGUGGGGACUGGAGCCUCCGGUGGGAGUUUGCACAUUGGCUGUAACACGUAGCAACUGGAAAUGAAUGACAAUUUUGUUAAUAAUAAGCGGUUAUCAUGUGUCAGAUCAUACGUAAUAAACCUAGCAUGGAAACUUAGUUUUAGUCUGAAGGCAACUCCUGGGAAAUAUCAUUCCUUUCUUCUUGUGUCUCUGAAAUUUUUGAAGACGGCACAAAGUUACACAAUCUUUUGCUUUCAAAUAAAAAUGUGAUAUUAGGGGCAGCUCUGCUUACACUGCCAUGGUUAUAUUUUCUUGCCAGUAUAGUGUGCCAAGAGUAGCAGGCGUAGGAAUCCAGAAUGUAUACAAGCCAUGACUCAUAUUUUAAACUACCUGGGGUGUCAAUGUGUUUUAGAGUUUAGGAUAGCUAAAGUUAUAAUUAAAAGCAAACUGAAAUACGUAAUCUUCACUAAAAUCUUGAUUAGAGUAGUACAUUUUAUAAAUGUGGCAGCAAUCCAAUCCUGAUUUAUUUGGGAAUAAGCCCCAUUGAGCUUAGGGAGACUUAGGAGUAAACGAGGGCUGAUUAAUGAAGUCUUAGUUGAUUAAUCAAAUGGAUUUUAAUCAAUGGACAGUGCAAUUUUAUCAACUCAGAAACAAGUCCCAUUGAGUUCGGUGGGGCCUACUCCCAGGUAAACAGUGCCUGCUGGUGACAAUUUUUAGAAGUACUUGUUCAAAACAGUUAACAUUAAAAUGAAAAAUGUAUUUUCGGGUCAAAUAGUCGGGUCAAAGCUAUUUCAGCUUGUUAAAAUGGUAUUUAAUCCAUUAAUGUAACUAAAUAAUUGAUUAAAUGUGGACCCGGCUACACACACGCACACACGUAUGUCAGAAAAGGGGGGGUGGGGAGAAGUCCCUCCUAUCUGUCUGAAUUGCCAACAAGCCCAGCCCCCCACCCAUCUUUCCCAUGCUCCCAGAAAUGCCUGGAUUAGAGGCAAGUAAGCCAACCUAGCAGUUCGAAAACACAUCAGAGUGCAAGUAGAUAAAUAGGUACUGCUCCGGCGGGAAGGUAAACGGCGUUUCCGUGCACUGCUUUGGUUCGCCAGAAGCGGCUUAGUCAUGCUGGCCACAUGAUCCGGAAGCUGUACGCCGGCUCCCUCGGCCAAUAAAGCGAGAUGAGCGCCGCAACCCCAGAGAGGGCCACGACUGGACCUAAUGGUCAGGGGUCCCUUUACCUUUACCUUUAAGCAACAGGAAGAUAAUUUCAUCUGUCAUUCACACAAACCUGUUCUGGUCUCUUUUCCUCCCAUUUCUACAGCUCAAAGCCUAAAUUGUCCUUUUGUCUCCGGCUCCCUUUGAUCUCCAAAAGCUGUUUUCAAAAUGCAUGCCAAAAAGAAAAGAGAGGGUUAUUAUCAAUGGGGUAGGAAAGGAUAGGAUAGGGACUCACAGGAGCUGAAUGCAAGGAAGAAUGGAUAAGCCCUUAGCCUGGGAGCCAUGAACAGCUGGCUCUUAAGCAGCUGGGUAAGAUCUCUUAAAUUGCUUCUGUGCUCUUUUCCUACGUUUCUAUUGCUUUUGUGUUUUAUUUUGUAAACCUGCCCUGCAAUUUUCAGAUAAAGGGCGGUAUGUAAAUUUAAUAAAUAGUAAUAAUUCUAUUGUAGACAUUGCUUUGUUUUUAAAAAUGCCCAACUUGGCUGUAUCGUAACUCCAUUAAGACAUCACCUACAAUUUGUUUACUCUUGAAUGCAGAGUUAAGGGAAGGGUGAUUUUUGAACUCUUGGGGCAAAUUCUUGAGGUACAGUGAAGAAGUUAAUGGAGGCAUAAAGCAAGCUGUAUUGACACUAGAUUGAAGUGGUUGGGUAGAAUCUAGGCUCUCAAGCAAGUGCUGGGUUUAUGAUGUGAUCGGCGAGUGGACAGAUUAUGGUGAGAGAUAAAAGAAUAAAAAUCACUCUGUGAUUAAUUCAGAAUUUCUCUUUUCAGUAUUCCAGAAAGCCGAGUUGGUUGCUAUUACUGCCUCUUCCAGCCAGAAAAAUGUACAGAAAUGGCAAACGCAGAAUUGAGCAGCUGUCCUCUAGACUACGUGAUCUGUUUUUUGGGAGGCUCAGAGAAGGGACUUGAACUAUAUCCUUUUAUCUUUGUGGAUGCGUGUGUGUGUGUAAGAGGAGACUAUGAGCGGAAAAGUUAUUUUUUAAAAGUGGGUAGUACUGUGGUUGCUUCAUUGAAUUCAGCCAAAGAUGACAGCAUGCAUUAUGUAUACCCUGAUCAUUCUUUUGUGGUUUUGGCUAUAAACAUCUGAGAACACUGGUUUUGUUUUGCUUUUGCUUUUUUUUUUAAGUAGGCCUCAUUUUUCCAGGGUUGUAUUUGGAAAACAGAAGGCAAAAGCUUUUCAAAAACCAGGCUGAAAGAAUUCCGCCAGCCUCCAAAGGCUGACCAAUAUAUUUUCACAUUUGAAAGUAAUGACUUCUUAGGGCAGAAAGAAUGUAACAGAUGUGCAAUGGAUCCACAAACUCUAUUUCAAUCUUUUCCUGAAAAACGAUGUACAAAUUUCAUCAUCCCCAUGUACCUAAAUCUAUGUAGUCUGGUUUAUCAUACUUCUGACGGCGCACAUCUGAAGGUGUUGUCUGCUCCUUGAAUUCAACAAUUCCUUGAAUUAGAUGCAUUUGGAAGCCCUUUUUGUCUUUCCACAAUAGUUAGAAGUCAAGGGCUGGAGAGCCUGGACCUUAACAUCAGAAACCCUUCAGAUGCUUUAACAAACACAUUGUUUCACAGGGACAAACAGAAGAAGACGCCUUCACCCCGGUAUGGCUCCCCUUUAUCACAUACACAGCCCAACAAGACAAUGACAAUAAUCCACCAACAGCAUACAAAUCAAUAUGGCUAACCUGAUCCAAAACACCCACCCACCUCACUCACACACGAAAACAAAGAUCACCACAGCCAAGCACGCCCUAGGCUAACCCCAACCUCUCUCACCACCAAAGGAGCACAAGUAACGCUGACACCAAACUCUACAUACAUUAAGCAUAAUAGAAACAUCACCACCCGACCCCACCCCCACCCAUCUUCCCUCCCCCCACUCCCCCUUUCUUUUUCCUUUCUUUCUUUUUUUUUUCUUCUCCCCCUAAUGCCUCAACAAAUGAAAUGGAUUUGUAAAAAUGUUACAUGGAAAAAAAAUACGAGGCAUUACACUUACUUCUGUAAAACAAGAAAAUCCUUAAUAAAAAUAUUAGGGGAAAAAACAAAAACAAACACAUUGUUUCCUUAAGAGUUUACAUUCAGACUUGAGCUUGACAGAUAUGUUCAGGACCUGAAAAUUAACCUGGAUUUAGAGGUAAGCGUUGAUUCCUGUUGGUUUAUGUGGCUCUCUGUUCAGAGACACUCAAAUUUUGACUUCAGAGUUAACUACAAAAAGCCUACCAACCUUCAUUGGAAUAUACUGCCUGGGAUUUAAAGGGCUGCGCAAUGGCUUCUAGGUUCUUGUGCUGGGCUUGCGUUUCUGAAAUGCAGCUCCCCAGGGCUUCAGGGUGAAACCACUUCUGCAUCUUGGGGGAGUUUCAAGAGCAGUUUGUGAUGCUGUGUGGAGGUUCUGCUACGUUAAAGGUAAAGGGACCCCUGACAGUUGAGUCCAGUCGCAAAAGACUCUGGGGUUGCGGUGCCCAUCUUGCUUUACAGGCCCAGGGAGCCAACACAGUUUUUCCGGGUCAUGUGGCCAGGAUGACUAAGCUGUUUCUGGCGAACCAGAGCAGCGCACGGAAACGCCGUUUACCUUCCUGUCACAGUGGUGCCUAUUUAUCUACUUGCACCGGUAUGCUUUCGAACUGCUAGGUUGGCAGGAGCUGGGACCGAGCAACAGGAGCUCACCCCGUCACGGGGCUUCGAACCGCCAAGCUUCUGAUCAGCAAGCCCUAGGCUCAGUGGUUUAGACCACAGCGCCACCCUACAUAUGCCUAAAGUAGCUCUUUGGAUUUCCACCAUUAUGUUGCUUUUGCUGAGCUGUUUGAUUCAAGAUGACAGCUGUUGUCAGCCUCGCAUGAUUUGGAAUUAAGAAUGAAUGUUAGCUGCAAGUUCCAUGAGCAGAGAUUGUCAGGAGUUGUUCAGCUGAACUAAACUUCACGGUUCCAUGUAAAAGUUUCACUCUUUUCAAUUUGUUGCAGCAAGAUAAUCUGGAGACUUGUGUUAAGCCUCUCUUGGCAACUUGGUUUGAGGAUUCAAUCUGUCCUAUUCAGAGAGUGGUGAAGCUUUUCCAGGAGAAACUUUCCUUUGUGUUACAUGCCGUGAGUACAGUUUCACACAUCCCAGAACGACUUUUCUGUUCAACUCAUUGCUUUUUGACCGUUUGCAGUUGCAGUUCUGUUUGCACGUGGAAAUAUAACUCUGUCAAAGAGAAAAGCCCAUUAAUAAUGGUUUAGUUUAUUGCUGAAUUAGCCAUGGUGCCCAAAGUAGUAGUAGUAGUAGUAAUUAUUAUUAUUAUUAUUUAUUUAUGCCCCGCCCUUCUGGCUGGGUUUCCCCAGUCACUCUGGGCGGCUCCCAACAGAAUAAUAAUAAUAAUAAUAAUAAUAAUGCGAUCAAACAUUAAAAACUUCCCUAAACAGGGUUGCCUUCAGAUGUCUUCUAAAAGUCAGAUAGUUGUUUAUUUCCUUGACAUCUGAUGGGAGGGCAUUCCAUAGGAAGGGUGCCACUACCUAGAAGGCCCUCUGCCUGGUUCCCUGAAACCUCACUUCUCACAGGGAGGGAACAGCCAGAAGGCCCUCGGCGCUGGACCUCAGUGUCUGGGCUGAAUGAUGGGGGUGGAGAUGCUCCUUCAGGUAUACUGGGCCAAGGCCGUUUAGGGCUUUAAAGGUCAGCACCAACACUGAAUUGUGAUUGGAAAUGUACUGGGAGCCAAUGUAGGUCUUUCAGGAUCAGUUUUAUAUGGUCUCGGCAGCCACUCCCAGUCACCAGUAAGUAAACCUCAGUCUUAAGCAUAGGAUGGACCAGGUGUUUGGACCGUUGAUCAGGAAUGUAGGUUUUAAAACGGGUUGGCAUUUCUCUUGUUCAGUAAUGCAAGGUGAGAUUAAACUUCCCACUUUAAAAUAUUAAAUCUUGCUUGAUGACUCAUACAACUCUUAGUUCUUCUACUGCGAAUGAGGUUUACUUUUACGUGCUUAACAAAGACACACAGCCAAAGACAAAUCCAUUGAUUUUUAGAGAGAGGAAACAUCCAUUUGUCCUUAGAGAGCAAGAGAAACAGCUUCUCUACAGAUGAGAGAGAGUCUGGUAGUGUCAGGGAAAGGGAGACAGCUAGAGAGACGAGGGGGGAGAGAAGCAAUUACAGAGAGCCGCAAGAGCUCCUUAGCAGUCUGUCAUCCGACUCGGAGGGGGAAAUAGGGAGGCGGCAACCAGUCCCCGGAACUAGCUACUUUGGAGACCAAAGGAAAUAGGAGGCGUGCCCUGCACCGAUGGGCAUGCUGGGGAAAAAGACGUCACAAAUAUUCAGUGGAGACAUUUGAUUGAGUUAAGCAUGGACGUGUUUGUUUGAACUCUUGUAACUGCUUUGAACUUUUAGUAAUAAAUCCAGACAGAAAUGGCUGGGAGCCUGGAGCGUUAUCUCUACUAGUUUGGCAGCAAACACUCCUUACAGGUAGGCAGAGUAUUGAGUUUGGACCCGGAUGAUGUGAGAUUGAAAUCCUGCUUCGCCAGGAAGCUCCCUAGGGGACACUAGCUUAAUGGUCACCAUAUAUCAAAUAAGCCAUGUUGUAAGGAUAAAAUAAGUGGAUUGGGGAAUAUUUACUUUGAAGAGAAAUUGUGUUGGUUGCCAUCGUGUACAUGACUGUGCAGAAGUAAAUCCUACUAAAUACAGUGGGACUUAAUGCCAGGUAAGUGGGGGCAGGACUGCGGCCUAAGUCUACAUCAAGUGUGACUUGCUGGAAGUUGUUGGGCUUUAGCAUCCCUGACCACUGACCACGCUGGCCGUGGCUGAUGGAAGUUGGAGUCCAGCGAUAUUUGAAGAGCCGCAGGUUAGCCACUCCAGUCUACCUCAUUAUUCAGAACACUGACAUUAUAACUUUCCUGUUUCAAGGCUCUGAGUUGCACUCCAGUUGAAGUUAAAGCGCCCGAUGAAAGAACAAAGAAGGAUAUUAACAGGUAAGAGAAAACCACCUGUUAAGAUUGCCUUUCCCAUAGGUAGCUUGGCUUGUUACACGGCAGCUGCCUUGCCCUCUCCCUGUCUUGAGCUUAGUGAUGAACACUUUUUUAAAAAAACACGCACAUUCUUUCUCAGGUUCCUUAGAGCUGCAAGCCUUCAAGAUCUUGUCCGGGAAGCCACCAUGACUUCCUUGUGUAUGGCAAUGACCGAGGAACGACACACGCCGGUGGUGAUUGACUGCAGUGGGCCACAGCCUCAGUUCCACAAUGCAGGUGAGAUUUGCAGGCAAGAGAAGUUUCAGGCAUAUUAUAGGUGGUGUCAGUCUUCAGAGUGGCUAGCAAUGGGAAAUGCUUGUAGUCUUCAAUGUUGCUUAUUGCUCUACCACUUAUUGCAAUAUUGCUCUGAAAUGACACUUGUUUAUUGCCACAAGGGUGAUCCGGACACACAGUCUGGGGUGUGGAGUUAGUCUACUGUUUUUUUCCUCCAGUUAUCCUAUGCUUUAGAUCACAUUGCAAAGCUCGGGUUGUCCAAUGGUCUUCUUGUCACAAGUUGUCAUUAGGGACCAAGGCUACGGUUGUGAUUAAAUUGUCCCAUGUACAGUUGUUUUCUAAUUUGUUGCUUUUUAGGAAGCACUGGCAAAUUGUCAGGCUGUUGGACUGCAGUGCUGGUUUUGGGUUUUUUUGUUUAACCCAAAACAAAUUUAGAAUAGUGAAAGAUCAUGGUGUAUUUAUCUUAUUUUUAAAAAUGGUCUUCAUGGUGCACUUUUGACUUGGAGCUAUGCCACAACAUAGAAUAGGGUUUCCAUACGUCCAGAAUUUCCCGGACAUAUCCUGAAUACAGUGGUACCUCAGGUUACAAAUGCUUCAGGUUACAAACUCCGCUACCUGGAAGAGUUACCUCGAGUUGAGAACUUUGCCCCAGGAUGAGAACGGAAAUCGUGUGCCGGCGGUGCAGUGGCAGCAAGAGGCUCCAUUAGCGAAAGCACGCCUCUAGUUAAGAACAGUUUCAGGUUAAAAACGGACCUCCGGAACGAAUUAAGUUCGUAACUAGAGGUACCACUGUACAAUGGUACCUCGGGAUGCGAACAGGAUCCGUUCCGGAGCCCCGUUCGCGGGUCGCAUUUCGGCGCUUCUGCACAUGCGUGUGACAUCAUUUUGACGGUUUGCGCAUGCGCGCGCAGCGAAACCCGGAAGUAACACGCUCCGUUACUUCCAGGUCGCCGCAGAGCGCAACCCAAAUUUGCCUAACCCGAAGCGUAUUCAUUCCUAGGUAUGACUGUACUGCAGUCGGAAGCAGUGUCCAGGCGGAAAUCGCUAAAAUACCUGGGAGAAUAACAACAAAUGGGUGCAACAACUUCGGCCAAAAAACCCCACAAUGCAAGGCGUUGGACUAGAUGAUCCUCAGGGUCCCAUCCAACGCUACAAUUCUAUGAUUUCUAAGAGGUCAGCACUUGCCUCCAUUCUCCCCUCUAGCAAUCACAAAUGGCUUUUCAUAUAUUAUUUUCUUACAUCGUACUGAUCGUGUUUCUCAUGUUAUUUACAGUGGUUAUAUGGAGAGGACACACCAGCCUUUUGGAAAUUCCUAUAAUAUUUUGUUUUAUUUCCAAAUAUGCCUCAGGUAGUGACAAAUUCUGUGAAUACUGGAUGCAAGCAUUUCUCAAUGGCUCCGAAGGGGGAAAUCCAUUUCUCUUCCGACAAAUACUGGAGAACUUUAAAUUGAAGGUAACACAUUAUUGUUAUACAGGCAACCCCCCCAUUUAUGUGGGGGUGAUGUUCUGAGGCAACCACCCAUUUAAGUGAAAUUGCCUGUAUUUGAAACACCAUCGAAAAAGCCUGCAAACACCCUUUUCCGCCCCUUUUUGUGACAUUUUUGGGCCUCUUCUGGUGCAAUUUACACAUGCACAAUCAUGCACAUUUCAGACACCCCUAAAAUGGUCACUGCCUGUACUUGAGUUGGUGGAAAUAGGAUAGAUUUCUGGAUACCUUCACACACUGCUUACGAAUUGAGGAUGAAUCUUGUUCACUCUGGCAGGGUUUAACGUUGGGAUCCCUGACCAUUAGGUCCAGUCAUGACCGACUCUGGGGUUGCGGCGCUCAUCUCGCUUUAUUGGCCAAGGGAGCCGGCAUACAGCUUCCGGGUCAUGUGGCCAGCAUGACUAAGCCGCUUCUGGCGAACCAGAGCAGCACAUGGAAACGCCGUUUACCUUCCCGCUGGAGUGGUACCUGUUUAUCUACUUGCACUUGACGUGCUUUCGAACUGCUAGGUUGGCAGGAGCAGGGACUGAGCAACGGGAGCUCACCCCAUCACGGGGAUUCGAACCGCCGACUUUCUGAUCAGCAAGUCCUAGGCUCUGUGGUUUAACCCACAGUGCCACCCGUGUCCCUAUUGUUGGGAUGGCCCCAAACUAUUAGCCAGUUUAGCCAAAGAACUAUGAUAUCAAGACACAAUUAGCACUCACCUGAAAUGAGUAACAAAAUUCUUACUGAUUUUUUAUAUCCCUGGAUUACUCCCUUUGCCUUUCCACAUUCCAUGGACUUGAACCUCUGUGUUUUAGCAUACAUUAAUCUGCAACCGGAUACUAUGUACAGAAAUUUUUGUAUAGAAGAAAACGAACUGUAUGCUCUAGGUAAGUAUCGUAAAGGUGGCAGCAAUUGCUGGGUGUAAUCGAGUGAAAUUUAGACUGUGAUCCUAUACCUACUUACCUGUCCCACUGAAGCUGAGAAGACACACAUAGGAUUGUACUGUCAAACACUUUUAAGUCUUGCCGAUUCCAAUAGGAGAGAGAAGCUUUAUUUUCUCUGGAAACCAGUCGAGGCUAAAAGUGCUUAAAAUGGAUUGAGCCUGUUGCUUUUGAGGUCACUAUUUUCAAAUUAAGGAUAAGCUAUUCCUACGGAAGGGACGCGGGUGGCGCUGUGGGUUAAAACACAGAGCCUAGGACUUGCUGAUCAGAAGGUCGGCAGUUUGAAUCCCCGCGACGGGGUGAGCUCCCAUUACUCGGUCCCAGCUCCUGCCCACUUAGUAGUUUGAAAGCAUGUCAAAGUGCAAGUAGAUAAAUAGGAACCGCUCCGGCGGGAAGGUAAACGGCGUUUCUGUGUGCUGCUCUGGUUCGCCAGAAGCAGCUUAGUCAUGCUGGCCACAUGACCCGGAAGCUGUACGCCGGCUCCCUUGGCCAAUAAAGCGAGAUGAGCGCCGCAACCCCCGAGUCGGUCACGACUGGACCUAAUGGUCAGGGGUCCCUUUACCUUUACCUAUUCCUACGAAAAUUCUUGCUUACUGAUCCCAACGCAUAUAUUGGCAUGGUAUAGACAGGAUCCCUGAAACAGCUGCAUCUGCAUGUGCGUUGGUACACAAUCAGUUGCAAUCUAUAAAAGCAAGAUUGGCAGUCAUAUCAAGCAGCUGAUUUGCACGGGGGGUCAAUCCUGCCCCUUUGCUUUGAACAGCUGAUCUUGUGCUAUUGCCAGUGUUCAUUCUGAGCUGCGUGCACAGAGUCCCCGUAGAGAUACUGAGGGAGGAAAUGUCCGCAAUUUGUCUGUUUGCAUGUAUAGUUUCUUCUCCAUCUAUGAGAUGCACAUGACCAAUAAAUGUUCGCUGCUGUCUUUCUAGGCCAUACAAGACAUCAACAACCUGAAGCGCUUCAUCAGGCAGGCAGAAAUGAACCAUUACGCUUUGUUCAAGUGCUACUUGUUUCUGAAGAACUGCGGCAGUGGAGACGUCCUCCUGAAGAUUGUGAAAGUGGAACACGCCGAGAUGCCGGAAGCCAAAAACGUAAUAAAUGUCCUCGAGGAGUUCAUGAGAGAGCCGGUUUGUAACAUAAAUGCUUCUCCUGAACUUGGGGCUACUUACACAUUGCAGAAUUAG